GUGGAGCCCGCAAUGCUUUUCAAAGCCAUCAAAAUCUGUCUGCUACUCGUGCUACUCCAGGGCACUGUGGGUGAGAAAAAAUGGGAAUACGAGCCCAUGUCCGUUGACACCUACAGCACAGAUGAGAGCCAGCUGAAGAUCGAGUCUAAAAUCGAUCGUAUUAACCGCGGAGAGUUUGGCCUUACGUUCACUUUGGAUUGGAAAUACGAUGUGGACGAGACCACAAUGGUCGAGGCCACUGCUUACAGCAGCAAUUCUGGGGCGGAGAGCGAUUACAAGCUGCUGCCGUGGUCCAUCCCAAAGCAGCCCUACUUUGAUUAUCUCGACACGUACUACAAGGAUGUGCUAAUUAAGAACCUGGGCCACUGCUCGAAUCUGCCGCAGUUCAAGGAAAAGUUCCAGCCGCCGUGGCCGAAGAAAACCUACAAACUCGAAAAAUGCAUCUUUAAUGGCGACGGGCUUCCGGAAGUAGUUCCGCCCAGUUUCUACAAGGUUAUCUUCAAGAUCUCGGGACCCAAUCAGCCUGAAUGGGGGGUUACUAUAGUCGUUAAGAUAAAAACUAAAUUGUUUUAGAAAAUCC